AUGACGGCCAUCGACUCCUUCUCCACUCCCGACCUCUAUCGCCGGAUUCAGACCGGAUUCGCGCCGGGUAAGCUUGAAAUGAUUCUUUACGAUAGUCAUCUUCAAUUACUAUUCUUUUGUCAUCAUUUUUUUGGACUUCUAACAUCCGUAUUUUAGCUGUCCGAACCGUAGCACAGACUGGAGUUGACCUGCAGACUCAUCAUACCGGUAAGCUGCUGAAGUUCGGUGUUUGUAAGAGAGAAAGUUUGAUAUUUCUUUGUUUAAUUUGUAAGACAAAGGUGAAAGGUUGUUUUAAUUUAAAAGUGAUUAAUAUUCUGCCGAAAUUCUUUGUCACAAUAUGUAGGCGUAGUUCUGGAACGCACUCCUUUUUACUGAAAAAUUUUUAUUCGGGUGUCAAGCUAUUGUUUCAGAGUAUCAAAAAUCGAUUGAAGUCCAUCUAAAAGCCCUCAAAUCCCUCGCGGAAUCUGGGGAAGGGCCCUUCGAGCAGGCCAAUCAGUUCUGCAAAGAAUUAUCCGACAUUACAGUUGUCUUUGAAAAGAUGCAAAUAUGUGAAGAGCAAUGGGUAGGUUUCAUUAUUUUGAUCUCAUCUUUUUUAGUUCAAAGCUUUUGUCAAUUUACUGACCGCCAUUGUCAGAUUCAGUGAGACCGAGAAAGAAAGGGUUAAGGAAAUGACUCAUAGAUACUUUAAAGAUGAAAAGAAUGCGGCCAAACACAGCAAGAGGACUCAGGUGAGUUGAGAUAACAAGGGAAGAAUGUCUUUGCCUUUUCAGAACCCAACAGAAUUAAGCGCAUUCCAUCAAGAACAGUACAGACAAGCGCAGAAACAGUACUGUCAGAGAUACGCUUACUUUGCAAAGAACUAUCUCGAACUUUUGAGGAAAUUAAAGGAGUCCUACAAGGCCAAGAUUGAAAUCGCAGAGAACCAAUUACUCAUCUCCGACUCAGCAGAAGCUCUUAAGAAUCUGGAGGAAGUUGUGAACAUUAAUGACACGUUGAGAUCCAAGAUUUCUGUCGCCGUUUUGGGGGAGAAUAGAGAUAAUAGAAGUGAAAUUGGACAGAGUUUGAAGUCAAGACAAGGCACGCAAUACUCUGCUCAGACCCAAGAAGUGAAAGCAGACCAGCCGGAAGAAGAGGAGACCAUCUUCAGAGUGUCGGAGGAAGCUGUACCGGAGAAUCAUAGAAUUAAUGUAGAAUCUAAUGAAGCAUACCACAACGAGAUUAUUGCCACACAUGAGGAUGAGGAAGAACAUCCCGUAAUUGUGACUCAAGAAGUGAAAGAAGAAGUUACCGAAAAACCGAACAACGUUUAUGUUGUUCACGUAAGUUGUUGCAGGAUUUAAGUGUUGUUUAAUUCAAUGUUUCCUGAUUUAUUUUCUUUUAGACCACCACUACUUACACAAGGUCUGAGAGAGGUUCGACCAAGAAUCAUUCAAGUCCGAGCACUCCCCAUUCAGUCCGUCGAGUUGAGAGAGUUCCGAGUAUCCCGGCAAGUGUCCAGACUGACGACAAAGUCGUCCCGAUUGUCCCAAUCUCUGUCAGAUCAGAGGCUAAGGUAGUUAACUCCAACGAAGUCAAAUCCCAUAGCCCGGUGAACGAGAGAACGAGCAGAAAUUACUUGGAAGGUAAGGAUUACCAAAGUAAUACUAAAUGUACAAAAAAAUUUCUUUGAGUCAAAUUAAUUUAAAAAAAUUGCUUGUAGAAGAACGCCCAGAGACCCAUGAAUACGAAUACCUCGCCGGUGGUGCUAAGCGUCACAAGGUACUGCCUCCGGGCAUUUACAAACCCACCCCGAUCAUGGGCCUUGUCCCCAAGGAAUCGAAUGGAUUUGAUAAAUAUCCGGAUAGGUAUGAGAGGUUCGAAAAUAAGUAUCAAAACGCGAGUUAUCAUCCCCAAGUAGUUCGACCAAAUGUCUAUGACACCGACAGACCCUCAGGGCAUUCCCGACAGAACUCAGACUUCUUUGCUUACCACAGUCGGAAUCAAUCAACUGAUAGUGCCAAUGUUUACAGUAAGUAUUAUAAGGGUCAAUUUGAAGAAGAUGCCCAUGUAUUUGUAGAUCCUAUUCCUUUGCCAGGCCUUCACAAUUCUCGACAGCCACCUCCAAAGUAUAUUAAACCAUCUGAAGCUCGUAAGUCAAUCAUUUUACAGCUGCUUGACUUCGAAAUUUGCCCAAUAUAAAUUAAUGUUGGGUUUCAGCGCGACCAAUAUUUUCAACGUCAAAUUAUGGUCGUUGGCUGGAGGUUGUGACCAGCUACGAAGCCCAAGGAGAACAUCAACUGAGUCUGACUGCAGGGGAUCGGAUUAAACUCAUCAAAUCAGGAACGCGAGGAUGGGUUUUGGGAAGGACCAUUGAAGGGCGGUAAGUGGUUUUUUGUACUUUAAUAGGUGAAUAAUUUCCUUUUUACAUCAUAAUACAUGUUCUUCUUUAGCCAAGGUUGGUAUCCUGCCAAAUUCCUCCGAUUAAAUUAA